AUGUCUGGAGAUCCGAGAUCAAAGUUUGACCUAGAACCCAACCCUUUCGAGAGGUCAUUUGCUACAAAGGAGUCGUCAUUGUCCUUAAGCACAACCACAGGUCAUCAGUCACGCAAUGAGUCUAGCUCGGAGGUAGACACUGUGGGAAACAGCUCCGCUUAUUCAAGCAACAAGGCGAAUUUAGCAUUUACGGGGGUACACAACCCACAGGAACAUCCGAAUAUUCCACAACAACAGCAGCAACAACAACCACCUCAACAACCCCCUCAACAACCCCCUCAUCAACAACAGCAUUCCCACCUACCUUCGCAGGCGCAUCAUCAGACAAAAUUACCGGGAAUAACGCCUCCUUUGUUUACACCAGGUGGACGGAGGUUGCCACCAUUGGAGCCUACUUCAAACCCAGGAACUCCCACGACCAAUUUAUGGAAUAGUUUAUUGAACGCAUCAAAUAACCCAACCAAUCCAGUGGCACAACAAAAUGGACAGUUUCAUCUGACACAACAAAACUUCAGUCAAUUUGGGUCACGCAAAACAGGGUUGACACCAAAUGAAUCAAACUUGAGGACUGGUUUAACGCCUGGUGGGUUCUCAUUUGGUUUUGGCGGACAAGUGGGGACUGGUUUGUCUACCCCCAGUGGACUUUUGAAUGGACCCAUAACGCCUGGACUUUCGAGUUUGUUGGGUAUACCAUCGGGUAAUAAUAAUAUGUUGAUGGGAAUGUCUCACGCUGGUGCUCAAAAUCCUGGGCCAUCACAAAUGCAACAUUCGCAGUCAAACCCAACGCAAUUGCAGCCACUUCCAAAUACUCAAUCGCAAAUGCAAAUGCAAGUGCAAGUACAGGCGCAACCACAGCCACAACCACAACCAGAUCCUCAAUCGCUACCAGAUCCGCAAGCACAAUCACAACCUCAAGCUCAACCGGAUCCAAACCUGCAGUCAUUACACCAAGAGCUUCCAGUGGCAUCACCGUCAAUGAAUAAUCAACAACUAUCGUUGCUUCCUCCUUCUAUUGUUCCUGAAAAUCAGAAAUUUCUCCCACAAUCAGUAGCUCCCGUUGGUAUAGCUCCACAAGGAUCCAUAACAACACGACCAGACUCCCAAGCACAUCAUGUCACACAUUCAGAAUCUACUUCCCUUCUGCAUUCUCAUCACUCAUCACAUCACCUGUCACAUAAUCCUUCUCAGGAGAUAUUACCAACCACAACAAACGGUCCUCUACCCAACUCAAAUGGAAUUUCGACAGCAAGUGGUGAUACAGCCGAGAGCUCCUCUACAUCAUCCAAAAAAAGGAAAGGAAAGUCAGUAGGUAUCAAAAAACCACGAGCUACAAAAGCUAAAAAGACAGGCACGGUAAAGGUUAAAGAAGGGCCGGGACAAGAAAAGACUCUCAACGGUGAGGAGAAAGAAAACCACGUUGAUGAGAAUUCAAAUGACGGGAAGGGGAACAAUGAUGAAUCUGAAACCAAGCCGGCCACAGGAAAGAAAAGGAGUGCCGGCGUCGAUGAUGAGAAACGCAAAAACUUUCUUGAAAGAAAUAGAGUUGCUGCAUCCAAAUGCAGACAACGAAAGAAACAACUUAUGCAGAAAAUGGAGGAUGAGUUGGCUUUUUAUUCAAAUGGUUAUAGACAAACAAGUGCACAAGUAAUUCAGCUACGGGACCAACUACUCAAAAUGAAAAACAUAUUAUUCGAUCACAAGGAUUGCCCGACCUUGGCCCUGUCGUGUGGUGGUGUUGAAAACUUGACAAGCAUUAUAGAGGAGGUAGAUAAUCUUAUGAGCAAUACCGAAGAAGCUGAAGAGCAAGUAAGUUCGAUCCCUUCGACUAUUCCAACAACUUACCAUUAA